UAGGGGGUGGGUGGGGGGAGAAAAAGAAAAGGAGGUGAUGUUUGCUUUGCACAGGGUUCGUCAGUUUCGCGUCUUUUCCGCACUGGUUGUCGGUUCGAUUGUGUGUUGCGCGAAAAGCGUCAACGAACCGGGCAACAUGUCUUUCGUGAAGGAGACGGUGGAUAAACUACUGAAGGGAUAUGAUAUCCGACUGAGGCCGGACUUUGGAGGGGCCCCAGUUGCAGUCGGGAUGAGCAUAGACGUGGCCAGCAUAGACAUGGUGUCAGAAGUCAACAUGGACUACACGUUGACCAUGUAUUUCCAACAGUACUGGAGGGACAAGCGUCUAGCCUACUUAGGAAUCCCCCUCAACUUGACCCUGGAUAACAGGGUUGCCGACCAGCUCUGGGUCCCCGACACCUACUUCCUCAACGACAAGAAGUCUUUCGUCCACGGAGUCACGGUCAAAAACCGAAUGAUCCGCCUCCAUCCAGAUGGAACGGUUCUCUACGGCCUCAGGAUAACUACAACAGCAGCGUGUAUGAUGGAUCUCAGGAGGUAUCCCCUGGACGAACAGAACUGCACUCUGGAGAUAGAGAGCUAUGGCUACACCACAGACGACAUCGAGUUCUACUGGAAAGGAGGCGAGUCGGCCGUAACGGGGGUGACACGAAUCGAGCUGCCACAGUUCUCCAUUGUCGAUUACAAGUUGGUGUCCAGAAACGUAGUCUUUUCCACAGGUGCCUACCCUCGACUGUCUCUGAGCUUCAAGCUGAAGAGGAACAUCGGCUACUUCAUCCUGCAGACGUACAUGCCAUCGAUCCUGAUUACCAUCCUCUCCUGGGUCUCCUUCUGGAUAAACUAUGAUGCAUCAGCAGCCAGAGUGGCACUAGGGAUCACCACGGUGCUGACAAUGACCACUAUCAACACCCACUUGAGAGAGACGCUGCCCAAGAUCCCCUACGUCAAGGCCAUCGACAUGUAUCUGAUGGGCUGUUUCGUCAUGGUCUUCCUCGCCCUGCUGGAGUACGCCUUCGUCAACUACAUCUUCUUCGGGAGGGGCCCUCAGAUGCAAAAGAAGCUAGCGGAGAAAGCCGAGAAAGCCAACAACGAGAAGGCGGCCAAGUACGACGCUGCAAGGGAGGCAGGUAGUAGGACCGCGUCCCUAAAACGGUCCAAUCAGGUUAAAGGUCUUCGCCACUCACGCUCGGCGGAAACACAUGGCCACGGGAACAUCCUGCUAACCACCCUGGAGAUCCAUAAUGAAGUGGCGGGAGGCGAGAUCACCACCAGCGUGGCAGACAUUAGGAACUCUCAGUCCAUGGUGCAGUUGGACAGCACGGCCUCGACACACAUCCAGUACCGCAAGCAGAGCGGCGGGAUCGGCCCGCGCUCCGCCAGCCGCCAUCCUUGGACCGGCCGCCCAGAUUAAACGGCAGCCGCCUGCCGGAGGCCGGUCCUCGCCUCGCAGCUCAAAAUCAAAAUCCCUGACCUGACGGAUGUGAACGCCAUCGACCGCUGGUCACGGAUCAUCUUCCCUUCAGUUUUCUCACUGUUCAACCUCAUCUACUGGCUCUACUACGUCUGAAUGGUCUGUUUUGUUGAAAUGUGUGUUGUUGUUUGAUUAUUUUUUCAUUUUGUUCCUUUUUGUUCCUUUUUUUUCCUGUUGCUUUUAUACACGAUGGAAUCGGUCAAGUUAAAGACUGCAACACUACAAGACAAAAAAAAAAAAGAAGCUGACUGAGAAAAGACUACGGAGUUUUGGACCAAGUUCUCGUCAAAUUGUUUUUAUAUUUGCAGUCUUUGAAUCCUUAGUACCAAGGUCUUUUUAUUUUCUAAAGUAUGUACUGUAAUUGGGACUUGUGACAGUCAUUUCCCAACAUUUGCCCUCUCAGUAAUGUGUAAAUAGAGAGAUACAAAGCCAGCAAUUGAAUAAAUAAUACAGUAUUUGCAAAAAAAAAACAAAAAAACACAAUAGCAGUUAACGCAAGAAUUUUUCUAAUCACAAAAAACAAGUAAGAAAACUUUAUAUUACACAGGUGGUCAGAUAAGUGCAGGCAAUUCCAAAAAAGUCCAUUAAACAAACCAGUGUAUGUUUGACUGGUACCCUAUGCACUAUUAAUGCAUGUAAUGAUCAGCCAUAGUGAGAAAAACGAAAAACGACUCCUUUUUUUGCCUUGGGUUAUGUCACAACUUUACAGAAGACUGUAUUUGUUUAUUUAGAAUAUACAGUAUACUUGCUAUUAACUAUAUCACGCAUCGAUCUGGUAAACCCUCACCCAAACAAUAAUUUAAAGUAAAGAGGAUUUUGCCCUCUGUUCAGGAUGAUUGUGACUCAGGUUCUGAAAUGUUUUGCUAUUUGGCAUCUUUUUCUUGACAAAGAAAAGUGUCACUGAAAUAUCCUUUUUUUGGUAAUUUGAUGAGGAGAAAAAAAAAAAGCACAAAUACGAAUGAAACUGCCAUUUUCUCACUUCUACCUUCUCGCAACAGCGCUUCAAAGUGAUAGCAUGACAGAAUUGCACUCAAAUUGAUCAAACCUCCUCUCGAAACUGUCUGACUUUAACUUUAACAACUGCCAAGGGCCUUUUUGGGCAACAUGGUUACUCAAACCCAUGAAAAUAUUAUGAUAUUUUUGUACUCUGUGUCUUCAGGUAUUCAUUUGAUUUCCUAACCCGUCUUGUUGGUUUUCUUUUUUUUAUUAUUAUUUAUUAACAUAACUCUGUUGUGGUGAUAGAGUGGAGGAACGAAACCCAUCGUUUGUAUAUAAGUACAUAAGUGUGUAUAUACAUAAAUGUAUAUACUGUGUGUACAACCCCAAAAUGAAAAUGAUCAAAUAUUGAGCAUUUUGUGAUUGUCAUACUGGCUGUCAGAAUAUUUAGUGCAAAAAAAAAGAUGAGAAAAAAAAGUAUUAAAUCAUCAAUAGGCCAGUUUCAAGCAUCAGUUUAGUUUUUGAGCAUUAGUGGGGUGGGGGUGGGGGGCGCUCUGAGUACCUUUCUCCUCAAACAUCCGACCAUGUUAAAGUUCCACACUAGACACCGUAUGUAUGUACGUUCACUCUGCACUCUAGACUUACUGUAUGCCCCACCAUACAGCAGCAAGUGAUGCAAACGGAUUUCACCGAUUCCGCACACGGGCCCCGAUAAGCGGCCCCGUCGACUAAUAAGCACAUACUAGCACUGAAUGUAUUGGAUCCAUUCUUCAGGGAGAGGAUAAUGAGCCAUGGUCAUCAUUUCUCCAUCGGAAUGUAAACGCCCAUUCUCACGUCGCGAGCGGCGAAGAAAGCGAGGGAGGGGGUUUCAAGAGUGUGCGCGUGUGUGUGUGUGUGAGUGAGCGAAAAAGAGAGCGAGCGAUGGGAAAUGGAUAAAGAGAGCUGGAGAGAGGAAGGGUGUGGGAAGACCAUUUAUUUUCUGUGCCGCUUGCUCGACUAUGGACAAAUGUCAACGUAUAAUAGUUUUGUGGAUAAAAAUAGCUCUCCUGCCCGACUCUUUUGAUAAACUGUGUGCCAUUCCACCUAAGGUCGCAGAGCAAUCAAGCGGUUACGACUCACGGACGGUGAUGUAAAUUUUGAAACAUUCUUGUUCAGUCAUAGAUACAUGACAUACAUACACUGUGCAUGUACAAGAAUACAUGUGGGGGGGAAAAAAGCUACUUUAAGCUACUAUAAUAUUGAGUUCUGUUGUGAUUGAGAAGCUGGAGUCACUGGGAUCAAUUUAACUUAAAAAAUUGUAACGUUUUAUGUGUACAGACUAAUUGAUAUAUGACUAAGAACUGAAUGUAUUGUACUUGGAUUGUUGCUGCACAAAUGCAAUUUUCUUUCUGGAAACCUCAACCCUGAUUAAUCAGGCUUCUGGAUGAUUCCACGUUCAAGCGACCCCCCAAGUUUCUCGCUGGUUUUCUUGUCCUGUUUUCUACUGUGUAGACGGGGCGCAGCGAACAUGUUACCUGGGUCCGAGAAAGCUCCGGUUACAGAUUAAAUUAUAUCUAUAUGUAUGAAAAGCCAAAACAUCUUGCUGAAGGUGUGUUCAGAAAGAAAGCGAAUUCGAUUGCUGUACAGUUCGACAGCCAAUGGACCAACUGGACUUUAGCAGUUAGCUAGCUAGCUAGCUAGCAAUGGAUGCGUAGGAGUCAUACCAGAAACUCCCACUUUUUCCCUACAACCUCUCCUGUAUAAUUAUAAAAACAAUUCAUAAAGCCGCGGGAUGUUCAGUUUUCGAACUCUUUCCAUUGGCGCCAAUAAAAGUCACUCGCUGCUCUUUUUGAACACACUUUAAGAGGACGCUUUGGCUUUGGUCUUGGGCACAAAGCAAUGUUUUCAAAUGCAUUCAAGGCAGAGAUGUUUCAAGCUGCUUUGUGUAGUUUCGACGAGGAAAUUUGUACCUGAAAUUUCGAAACUGUCCAAAAAAAGAAAAAAAAUCUUCCUGGCUUACUGGUUCACUUGGAUUUAAACGAUUACUUUCGGGUCAUGUGUUGAGAUUUAAAAGCACGUUUUUGCAGUUGGUCAUUGUACGAGUCUUUUUGUUUCGGAAAAAUUAACCAAACUCAUUAGUGCAGUUGAAAAGUGAACGAGACGGUAACUGUUACAAACUCUAGCUACUUGUUUAUCAUGCAUGCAACUACAAUUCGUAACUUGGGAAGAUUUUUUUAAAAAGAUAUUUUGCAAACUCACUUAUAAGAGCUGCCAACUGCUCAUUUUAGAGAUGACAUUAUGCCAUGUGAGCCUACAU